AUAUUUUGGAAAUGUGUUUAAAUUAAACAUGCCUAUGUUACUGUUAUUGUUUUGUACAUUUGCAUUCAGUGAUGUUAUUUUCUUGUUGAAGAAGGGAACUUCAACUAUUUCCACUGCCGGGCAUUAAAAUAGUGUUAACCAAACCAAGUCCAUCAUCCUAGAGCUAAAAGUGCAUGUGAUAAAACAGUCAGUCAUGACUGCUGCUGAUCUGAUAAGCUUCAACACGAUAUAUUUGACGCUGAUGUCAGUCAGAAUGGCUCCUCGUCUUCCUCUGAUCUUUCUGCUCAUGAUUCACGGGGUUUCUAGUGCUGAUUGGGGUGUGAGUUACAGUCAUUCACGCAUCUGUGCACUAAAGAACUCAUCAGUUAUAAUGAGCUGCACUUAUACAUACCCUACUGGAUAUAAGAUUGAGAAAGUGUUCUGGACAAAUAGCUAUUCAUUUCCAGACCCUCCUGAUCUCUUCAUGGACCCUGAAUACAGUCAGAGGCUUCAGUAUCUGGGAGACAAACAGCAGAACUGCACCAUCAGACUGAGUCAUGUGACACAGAAGGACCAACACAUGUACUAUUUCAGAUUCAUCACUGAUAAACCUGAUGGAAAAUGGAUUGGUCAUCCAGGGGUGACUCUUACUGUCACAGAUCCUCCAGAGAAUCCUGUGAUCUUCAUCAGUCCACCAGAAAUAGUGGAGGGAGAUUCAGUGACUCUGAACUGCAGCAGUGAUUCAAACCCUCCUGCAGAAAUCAGCUGGUUUCAAGGAAGAACGUUUGUAGGAUCUGGAAGAAUCUACAGCAUCUCAAAGAUCAGCUCUGAUCACAGUGAAGAAUACAAGUGUAGAUCCAUCAAUGAACAUGGAGAGAAAUACUCUGAUGCUGUGACUUUAAACAUCAUGUAUCCUCCUAGAAACGUCUCGGUGUCUAUAAAUGGAUCUGGUGUAAUAGUGGAGGGAGAUUCAGUGACUCUGAUCUGCAGCAGUGAUUCAAACCCUCCUGCAGAAAUCAGUUGGUUUAAAGAGAAUCAAAACUCCUCUUUUGGAUAUGGACAGAGUUUCAGUGCACCACAGGGUGGACGCUUUUACUGUGAGGCUCACAAUCAACAUGGAUCUCAGAGAUCAGACGCUGUUACUGUCACUGUUAAAGGACGUCUCGUGAUUUUGUACAUAUCUGCUGGAGUCGUUUGUGGAGCUGCAGUAAUCAUAACAAUAUUGCUGAUUUGGUGGGUGAAAAAGAGAAAUAAAACUCAGGUGAAUCAUUCCGGACCUCAUCAUGACCGGCACAAAACUUGCAAUGAUGAAUUGAAUGAACCUGUAUAUGCAAAUGAAAUGGCUGCUCAAGGUGGCCCUGAUAUUUGUAAACCUGAACUGAACUCUCCAGUGUAUGAAAAUAUUCCAAAGAGGAUGUAGUUUUUUGGACACAAAGCAAACAUUUUACAUAUCGGUUUGUGGGUGGAGACCUGAAUGAUUGAUAAGUGUGUUUGACUGAUCAUUUUAUAUAUAAUUGAGUGAAAAUGGAAGUAAAGAGUUAAUUGAUAAAAUGGUGUAAUCCCUUAAGUGUGUUUUCUCUUUACACUUUAUACAAUCUUUUAAGCUUGCUGUAUUUAGAUUUUUAAUGUUUUUAACCUGUCCAUUGA